CUCUCGGGGCGAUGUGGACCCCGGGCCCGCUGUGCGCCCUGGGCCGGCGGCGCCCCGGGCCCUCCGUGCCACUGCAGCCUCUGACCCGCCUGCUCCAGAGGGAAUAUCGGGAGAAAACCCCGACCCGCCUGCUCCAGAGGGAAUAUCGGGAGCUGCUGCUGCCGAGGCAGGGCUGGGGAAGGACACAGCACCUGCCUCCCUGCCGGUUUUUAAGUAAUAAACCCAAAUCCAGGCGCCAUCCCAAAACAUUCCCAGUGCUAGACGGACGUGUCCCUGCCGUGUACCAACAUGUGUUCCAAGAGAAUUUAAGGAACAGCGAGGCUGUGAUUAAAAGGUACUCUGAGCUGCUGGAGAGGGUGAAGGAAGGAGGGGGAGAAAACGCCCUCCUGCGGCACACGCAGCGCAACCAGAAGCUGUUCGUGCGGGAGCGCCUCAGGCUGCUGCUGGACCACGCAGAUUUCCUCGAGCUGUCCCCGCUGGCAGGGCUGCACAUGCCCUACGGGAAUGUCCCUGCUGCCGGCUGCCUCACGGGAAUUGGCAGAAUCUGUGGGAUCUGGUGUGUCUUCAUUGCUGGUGAUGCCACUGUGAAAGGAGGAACCCUUUACCCAAUUGGAGUGAAAAAGCAACUGAGAGCCCAGGAAAUUGCCAUGGAGAACAGGCUGCUGUCUGUGCACCUGGUGGACAGUGGGGGAGCCUUCCUACCCCUGCAGUCAGAGCUGUUUCCUGACAAGAUGCACGGUGGCAGGGUUUUCUACAACGAGGCAAUCAUGUCUGCCAUGGGAAUCCCUCAGGUGGCCGUGGUGUGUGGCUCCUGUGUGGCUGGAGGUGCCUACGUGCCCACCAUGGCCGAGGAAUCCGUGAUCACGGAUAAAAUUGGGAUGCUGUUCCUUGCUGGGCCGCCCCUGGUGAAGGCUGCCACGGGAGAAGAUGUCUCUCCUGAGGAGCUUGGAGGAGCCAGGCUCCACUCACAGGUCAGUGGCUGCUGUGACCAUUUUGCACCCUCAGAAAAGGAGGCCUAUGAGUGCAUUCGUAAUAUUGUCUCUACCUUAAACUGUGAGCCAGUGCCAGAGCAGGACAGGGAGUGUGACAGUCCCUUGUACAGCCCUGAGGAGCUCCUGGGCCUGGCACCACUGGCUUACAGCUACACUCUUCCUGUCAAACUGAUCCUGAGCCGGCUGGUGGAUGGAAGCAGAUUCCAGGAAUUCAAGGCUACUUAUGGGACAACAUUAGUGACAGGAUUUGGCCAUGUGGAAGGGCACUUGGUGGGGAUAGUGGCCAGCAAUGGGGAGCUGGCUCACGAUGCUGCUCUCAAGGGCAGCCACUUUGUCCAGCUCUGUGGCCAGAGGGGAAUUCCCAUCCUCUUCCUCCAAAACACUGCUCCACAGCCAGCAGGGCCUGCAAGCAUCUCACAGGCAGAGGCCCAUUCCAACAGGCUGAAGGCCCAGGCCUCCAUGAUGGCUGCAGUUGCCUGUGCUGCUGUUCCCAAAAUAACCAUUGUCAUUGGAGGCUGUUUUGGGAGUGACAGCUACGUCAUGUGUGGGCGAUCGUUCAGUCCAAACUUUCUGUUCCUGUGGCCCAAUGCAAGAGUUGGUCUUGUGGAUUCUCAGAAUUUCCCCACAGUUCCACCAGCUGGGGGCUGGACAGGAGAGGAACUGGAGCUAAAACAGCUGAAGGCAAAGCUAGAGGAAGAAAGCAGUGCCUUUUACUCCUCUGCCAGGCUCUGGGAUGAUGGGAUCAUCCUACCUCAAGACACCAGGAAGGUGAUUGCCCAGUGCUUGGAGAUCAUGGAACAGAAGAAGUACCAGGCUGUGUCUCCUCGUCCCCAUCCCAUCAUCAGGAUGUAACUGCAGCCCCCUCAAACCAGAGCCCUCUACCAGAACUCUGAGUAUAAAGAUUUUCUAAUUCUUUGAUACCAUUAAUAAAAGUGUUGAACAAUUGAAGACAAACAAGAAUCCCAGAUUUUAAAUCUGC